CAUGCUCCUCAUUUUUCUUGCAACUAUCAAAUGCUUGCAAAAGCAAAUCGGAGAAAAGAGAAAACAUAGAUAGAAGUAGAAAGCAGAGAGAAAGUGAAACGAGAGGAGGAGCAUUCAAAGAGAGAUUUUUUUCUUUCUUCUUUCUUUUGAUUAGUCUCUAAUGGCGGCUUCUGUUGAAAAUCGGCAGUACAACAGUCGACUUGAAUCAGGUCUAGCAGUUCGUGGAUUUAAAACCAAUCCCAGUCAUCGAUCUGAUUCGCCUAUCCGUGGCUGUAAUUUUCCCAUGUCGACUACCGAGCGUCUUUCUAUACAAGCAAAACCGGUCAUUGAAGAUUUAUCUAGCGACGACGAGGAGGAUCAAAACGAGCAGUGGAAAGAUUUCGGCAAGAUAAACAAUGAAAUAGAGCCGUCUGCUAUUGACUCGAAAGAUGAAGGAACUGCUGAUAAUUGGAUUGAACGCAACCCUUCCAUGAUUCGGUUGACAGGAAAGCACCCAUUCAAUUCAGAAGCACCAUUAACUCGUCUCAUGCAUCACGGGUUUAUCACACCUGUUCCUCUUCAUUACGUUCGUAAUCACGGAGCUGUUCCAAAACUUAAAUGGGAGGAUUGGACAGUUGAGAUUUGUGGAUUAGUAAAGCGUCCGUUACGUAUCACUAUGGAUCAGCUCAUUAAUGAUUUCGCAAGCCGUGAGUUUCCAGCUACACUUGUCUGUGCAGGUAACAGACGUAAAGAGCAGAAUAUGAUAAAACAAACUAUUGGGUUUAACUGGGGAGGUGCAGGAGUAUCAACUUCAGUAUGGCGUGGUGCACGUUUAUGUGACGUAUUAAAGCGUUGUGGUAUCAUGAGCCGUAAGAAAGGUGCUCUGAAUGUUUGUUUCGAAGGAGCUGAAGAUUUACCCGGUGGCGGUGGAUCUAAAUAUGGAACUAGUAUAAAGAAGGAAUUCGCAAUGGAUCCUGCUCGUGAUAUAAUUCUAGCUUACAUGCAAAAUGGUGAACGUUUGUCUCCUGACCACGGAUUUCCAGUCCGUAUGAUUAUUCCAGGUUUCAUCGGAGGAAGAAUGGUGAAGUGGUUAAAGAGAAUUAUCGUCACAACUCCAGAAUCCCAAAACCACUAUCAUUUCAUGGAUAAUCGGGUUCUUCCUUCUCAUGUCGAUGCUGAACUCGCCAAUUCUGAAGCAUGGUGGUAUAAGCCAGAGUACAUCAUCAAUGAGUUGAACAUAAACUCUGUGAUUACAACUCCUUGUCAUGAAGAGAUUCUUCCCAUAAAUGCUGCAACAACACAAAGAGCUUACACAUUAAGGGGAUACGCAUAUUCCGGCGGCGGUAAGAAGGUAACUCGUGUCGAAGUAACAAUGGACGGCGGAGAGUCAUGGUUAGUGUGUACUUUGGAUCAUCCCGAGAAACCAAACAAGUAUGGCAAAUAUUGGUGCUGGUGUUUUUGGUCACUGGAAGUUGAAGUUCUCGACUUGCUUGGUGCCAAAGAGAUUGCAGUCAGGGCUUGGGAUGAAACUCUAAACACUCAGCCUGAAAAGCUUAUCUGGAACGUCAUGGGUAUGAUGAACAACUGCUGGUUCAAAGUCAAAACAAAUGUGUGCAAACCACACAAAGGAGAAAUCGGUCUUGUUUUCGAGCAUCCAACUCAGGCUGGAAACCAACCAGGGGGAUGGAUGGUUAGACAAAAACAUCUUGAAAACUCUGAAGGUCCACAGACCCUCAAAAAGAGUUUGUCCACUCCUUUCAUGAACACCACAUCGAAAAUGUAUUCGAUUUCCGAGGUGAAGAAACACAACUCGCCUGACUCGGCUUGGAUCAUUGUUCACGGACAUGUUUAUGACUGUACCCGGUUCUUGAAAGACCAUCCAGGUGGUUCCGAUAGUAUUCUCAUCAAUGCAGGUACCGACUGUACCGAAGAAUUUGAUGCAAUUCACUCUGACAAGGCCAAGAAUUUACUUGAAGAUUUCAGAAUCGGUGAACUCAUUGCCACUGGUUACACUUCUGACUCGUCAUCUUCACCAAACAACUCAGUUCAUGGUUCGGGCAGCUUGAGUCACCUAGCUCCUAUCAAAGAAAUCGGCAUUGCGAAACCCGUAGCUCUAGUUGGCAGAGAUAAAAUACAAUGCAAACUUAUUGCCAAGACCUCGAUUUCUCAUGACGUUCGUGUCUUCAGGUUUGCAUUACCUUCCGCUGAUCAAGUCCUUGGGUUGCCAGUUGGGAAGCACAUAUUUGUAUGUGCCCACGUUAACGAUAAGCUGUGCAUGCGUGCUUACACUCCAUCAAGCACAGUUGAUGAAGUUGGUUACUUUGAGCUGGUCAUCAAAGUCUACUUCGGCGGAGUUCACCCCAAGUUCCCCAAUGGAGGUAUUAUGUCUCAGCACUUGGAUUCUCUUCCUCUUGGUGGAACUAUUGAUGUGAAGGGUCCUUUAGGACACAUUGAAUACACUGGUCGUGGUAAUUUCACCGUUCAUGGCAAACACAAGUUUGCCAAACGACUCGCAAUGCUUGCUGGUGGCACAGGAAUUACACCAAUAUAUCAAAUUGUACAAGCAAUAUUGAAAGACCCAGAGGAUGAAACGGAGAUGCACAUCGUAUUCGCAAACAGGACUGAAGAUGACAUCUUGUUGAUGGAUGAACUUGAUUCGUGGGCUGAGAAGCACGAGAGGCUGAAAGUUUGGUACGUCGUUGGUGAAACAUUGAGGGAAGGAUGGAAGUACAGUGUAGGGUUCAUAACUGAAGAGGUCCUACGGGAACAUAUCCCUCCGGCAUCGGAAGAUACAUUGGCGUUGGCUUGUGGACCACCACCUAUGAUUCAAUUUGCAGUGACUCCUAAUUUGGAGAAGAUGAAUUAUGAUGUCAAGAAUUCAUUGUUGGUGUUCUAAUCAGAUUAAGUACUUAGAAGGUGAAACUACAAAGAGGAACACAUGUGAUCAAAUUUAAGAAAAUGAUAAGGGGAGGACAAAUUAUAAGGAAGUUCUCAUUAGUUUAUUGUAUAUAAUUAGUGUUGAAGGAUGUAAUGGGUUUAGUAUGUUCUUAAAAGUAAGGGGAUUGUUAAAUGUUAGUCUGUUUAAAUUUUAUGUAGAAUUGAAAGCAAAAUGUGGGAAUUGAUACUUUCUUUCCUCGAUAUUUAUGAUCAUUACAUAUUUUACUCCC